AUAAAUUUACAGUAAAUAUAGCGCUCCAUUUGAGGUCUCGUAUUUUGCAAUGAUAAAACGAGUAAAGAUAAAUCAGUUCAUUGGUAAAUACUGUAUUAAGGAAGUGAAUGUUUUAAGGCUAAUAUUACAUGCUGUAAGUUGUUACUAAUUUGAAUUGUUUGUUUCUGUAGRUCUUACGGUGUGUUCACCAAGGUUUCAAGCCUGUCCAACGUCGUAAUAAAAAGGCAAAGUGAACCAUCAGUUUGGGAGUAGACCAUUCAACCGGGGAUGCUACAGUAAGAGCUUGACCUGAGAAGUCCCAUCAAAGCUCCAAUCAAGGGUAUUCAAGGAACAGGUGGGAUUCCAUGGUCUACGGCGUGGCCCAUCCUGCCAACAUGGAAACAUCUGAUCAGCAAGAAGGCGAAGAGCACAAUGAAGCCUGUCAGGUCAGCAAGGAAGAUGAUCUUGCUCGCUCCAGUCGCUCACAGAAACCCACGGAAAAGAUGCAAAUAUAUCAGGAUGAGGAGGCCCAAAGAAAGGAAAAARGGUUCAGUCACAUUUAUGAACAGUGGAAAAAGGAAAUAUGUAAAGCACGUGAGCAACUUAAAGAAGAUAUAGCAGACAGUCAAAUUGCUGCACUCACAGACAAACUAGAGCAUGAAAAAGAAUGUGUCACUGAAUUGUAUAUACAGAUUAGACAUCACCUAACUCCCAGUAGUGACACAAGAAGACGUGUAGAUGCAUGUGAAGCUGUCACAAGAAACAUUGUCAAAAUAGCUUAUGAAAGACUAUCAGGCAUUGAUGAGUAUAACAGUGAAGCAGCAAAGGCACGUCUCCGUGAACUGCUCAAUAAAGACUACGCUCACUCCAUCUAUGGGUCUACAACCUCACCUUCAUGUAGACACUCAAAUAGUAGCAGCCAUUCAGCUCAUUCAGUUAAAUCAGUUGUCACUGCAAAAAGAGCAGAAGCRMSAGCUGAAUUGGCAGCAAAAGAAGUGGAGUAUGAAGCAUUAAUAGAAGAGGAGAAACAAAAGGAAAAAAUUCAGCAGRUAGAAGAAAAGCAAAGAAAGGAACUUGAAGCUCAAAGGCACGAGCUAGAAAGACUAAGAGUAGAAAAGGAAGUCAAGGCUGCACGAGCUAAGGUCAUGUCAUAUGAUCAAGAAAUAAUGAGUGAAGGCAGUGUUCACUCAAUGGAUGUCAAUAGAGCARCUCAGGAGUCCRCUCCAGAGUCAAAUCKACUGCAACAGCCUAAUGACAGCGCAAUGCCCAUUCUACCUCAGCAAACAGAUGUGUUUUACCUAGCACAAGCAGUUCAAGACAGCAUUGCAAUAAACCGCCUCCCACAGCCAGAACCUUCUAUGUUCUUAGGAGAUCCAAUUCAUUUUAUAGAACGGAAGGCUUCAUUUGUUGCACUGAUAGACGGAAAGAACAUUUCCUCUGCUGACAAACUACACUACCUGAAGAAAUAUGUAGGAGGUCCAGCUUGCAAAACACUUGAUGGUAUAUUCUACAGGAAUGAUGAUGAAGCCUACAAGGAC